GCGGCGCGCGCUCUCCGGGGCGGCCGCUUGGUCGGCGCGACCGGCGGCGCCCGCGAUGGUGAUCUGCUGCGCGGCCGCCAACUGCUCCAACCGGCAGGGCAAAGGGGACAAGCGCGCCGUGUCCUUCCACAGGUUUCCCCUGAAGGACUCCAAGCGUCUGCUCCAGUGGCUCAAGGCCGUCCAGAGAGAAAACUGGACCCCGACCAAGUACUCUUUCCUCUGCAGCGAGCACUUCACCAAAGACAGCUUCUCCAAGAGGCUGGAGGACCAGCACCGGCUGCUCAAGCCCACGGCCGUGCCCUCCAUCUUCCACCUGGCAGAGAAGGGGGAGCCCGGGGCCCAUGGGCGAGCGAGACGGAGGGACCCCAGGAAGGCCGCGGGGGGCCUGAGGGGCGAGGCAGCCGGGGCUGCAGGGGCCCCCAGCGGGAGCCCCAUGGCCAAGGCCGAGCCCCACAGGGGCAAGCGCACAUCCAGGCAGGGUGAGACCACAGGCCAGGAGCAGCCGGCCCCGAUGGAAGCCCCGGGACCCGGCAGCAAGGACAACCCGGAGGCCGGCACGGAGGCGGCUCCCGGCAGCCAGGAGGAGGCCGGCGUGUCUCCCCAAGACUCGGCCGCCGCCACCGCCGCCGCCGGGGAGCUGGAAGACCGCGGCGGUGUGUCCGUGGAUGACUUUACCCCGCCGGGCUCCGGGGCCUGCAAGUUCAUCGGCUCCCUGCACUCCUACAGCUUCUCUUCCCGGCACGCCCGUGAGCGGCCGGCCCUGCCCCGGGAGCCCGUGGACCGCAAGAGGCCCAGGAGGGACGUGGCCGACAGGGUCCCGGCCCCGAGCCCCCCCGGCUCGUCCCUCCCCGCCACGCCGCAGAAGCCCCCCCAGAGCCCCUCAGCGCCGCCGGCCGACGUCCCCCCGAAGCCCGCGGCCGAGGCGGUGCAGAGCGAGCGCAGCGACGCCAGCCCCAUGUCCAUCAACGAGGUGAUCCUGUCGGCGUCGGGCGCCUGCCGCCUCAUCGACUCGCUGCACUCCUACUGCUUCUCCUCGCGCCAGAGCAAGAGCCAGGUGUGCUGCCUGCGCGAGCAGGUGGAGAAGAAGAGCGGUGAGCUGCGGAGCCUGCGCCAGCGCGUCAGCCGCUCCGACGGCCGGGUGCGCAAGCUGCAGGCCAAGCUGGACGCGCUGCGGAGAGCCAGCCUCCCGUUCCUCGGCGGCCUGCUGCCCCCCAGCCGCGCUUGGGUGAGACGGAGCCUUGGUAAAGUGCCCACUAUGCACCCCAGCCGUUUGGGAGAAUGUGCAGCUGGCUUCAAAACCAACUGCCAGCCUGAGAUUCUCUCCUUCCCCCACCUUCCUCCUCAUUUGUUUUUUUUUAACCAGAGCACUCUACAGCUCUGGGUCAUAGGAUUGAACCUGGGACUUCAGAGCCUCAGAGCCCCCCAGGAUGAGCCCGGUGGUGGAGCCGCUGUCCUGGAUGCUGGGGACCUGGCUGUCGGACCCGCCGGGCGCCGGCGCCUUCCCCACGCUGCAGCCCUUCCGGUACCUGGAGGAGGCCCACAUCUCCCACGUGGGCCAGCCCAUGCUCAACUUCUCGUUCAAUGCCUUCCACCCCGACACGCACAAGCCCCUGCACCGGGAGUGCGGCUUCAUCCGCCUCAAGCCCGACACCAACAAGGUGGCCUUCAUCAGCGCCCAGAACACAGGCAUCGUGGAAGUGGAAGAAGGCGAGGUGAACGGGCAGGAGCUGAGCAUCGCCUCUCGGUCCAUCGCCAGGAUCUCAUUCUCCAAGGAGCCCCACGUGGAGCAGAUCACUCGCAAGUUCCGGCUGAAUUCCGAAGGCAGACUGGAGCAGACGGUCUCCAUGGCAACCACCACCCAGCCGCUGACGCAGCACCUUCACAUCACCUACCGGAAGGUGACCCCGUGACCCGCCGCCACGGGCACUGCUGUGUGGGGUGGGUGUGCCCUCGGCUGCCGGCCACCCAGGCUCCUGUGACGGCAGAGAAAAACCAAAUAAAAGGCCUUUAUUUUUACGGCUGGGCGUUGAUCUGGGGAGCACCGUGUGGUCCUGGGUGGUGAGGGUAUGGGGGCUGG